AUGAAUGAUGCCAAAAAACAAGAAUGGUCGAGAACAAUCCUUUGCUUGCCAAACUACCCAGUGAUGAUGUUAGGAGCAGGUGUGGAUACAUUCUCUGGUGCCACCCCUGCUGGAGAGAUUUAUGCAACUCAAUGUAAGUAUGUCUUUGAAAAGUCAUUGUAUGUUUACUACUAUGACAUGAACCAAAACAGCUUUAGAAGAGUUCAUAUCCAAGGUGGUGUUCGCAAUAAAACUAAGAAGCCUAGGUAUUGUGUGGAAGUAUUUGCAAUUCAUGAUCAUGUCGAGAAUACAAUGUGGCUGUAA